GACAGUUUGAAUUUGAUUUCAGGGUUAAAUGAAGGCGUUUACUUGACUUUGAAGGACACAUGUGCUUCAAAUGAGCAGAGUUUUGCGGUUGGAUGGAGAUCUAUUAAGAGCAACCGUAAACGAGUUGUCAAGAGUUACUGAACUUAGAGGAAUACCAUUUUCUAGGUUUACUGAGCUUAAUCGUAUAAUCAAAGGUUUUCGUACUCAAGAAAUGACAGUUUUGUCAGGAAAUACUGGUGUUGGUAAAACGACUUUCAUGUGCGAGUACUCGCUUGAUUUGGCUGAACAGGGAGUUCCGACACUUUGGGGUAGUUUUGAAAUGCCUCUGCGGAAAGUGUGUAAGACACUAGUCCAACAGUUCGCAGGUGAGCCACUAGAUCCUCCUAUACCCAGCAGAAUCGCUGAAUGGGCACGUAUGUUUAGCGAAAACAUUCCUAUAUAUUUUAUGAAUUUACAUGGGGCUCAAAGUUUGACAGAAGUAUUAAAGACUAUGGAGGUUGGUGUCAAAGAUUCUGGCGUAGAACACAUAGUUAUCGAUAAUUUACAAUUUUUACUAGGCGCCGGUGAUGGUGCUUUCGUGGAACGUUUUCAGCGUCAAGACCACUAUGUACAAGAAUUACGUGCUUUUGCCACUGAAAAAGGUACACAUGUUACAAUCGUCGCUCAUCCUCGAAAAGAAGAAACUGGUCGUCUACUUUCAAUUAACAGUUUAUAUGGUGGUGGUAAAAUUUCUCAAGAAGCAGAUAAUAUCAUGUUCUUGCAAGUAGACUCAUCUACAUCGAUCCCUAAGAAAUAUUUACAGCCUUAUCAAUAAAAUCCAACGGAUUAGUCACAAAUUUGUCAAGGUCAUUUUAAGCGACACUGCCUCCUCAUGGUCCAGCUUCAAUGGUGUUAUCAGUAGUUAAAAAUCGUUACGAUGGAACUUUGGGUUGUAUGGACUUGAAUUUUCGAAAAGACCGUCUUUCUUUCCGACCACGACCACGUGAACUAGUAAUCCCAACAAAAGCAACAACGUUUCCAAGGGUAGUUGGUUACGAUUAAAUAUUUUCGUCAUUUUUUCACAGCAUUUGUAUUACAGAUAAACUUGCCAUAAGCCACAUAUAUGUAUAUAUAUAUAUCAUGUACAUGUAUGUAUUUUUUCAUCCAUUUUGUACAAUUAUCAAAUCCUUGCCAGUAUGACUUUUAUUUCUCUUGAGAAACAGAUUCCUAUAUUUAAUAAAUUAUUAUUAUAAGA